AUCAAGAUAAAAGUUUUCCAGUAGUCGUAAAAUGCCAACAUUUUAUUCAUUACUACUAUGUGUAUGGGUUAAAUUAAAGAAACUUAAUAAAAAAAAAAUUGCAUUUUAUUAAAUUUUUACUUUCGAAAACAAUAUGGAUCAAAUUUCGGACAAAGAAAGCGACGAAAUCCUUAAUAAGAAUAUAAAUAUACAAAGUGUUACAAAUCGUUUAUUGCAUAUGUUAACCGUGGAUAGAGAAGAAAGAGUACUUGCUGCUACUAAAUUUUCUCUUCAACAAUUAUCAGAAACUCAUUCCAAACAUGUUAUUCAAUAUAUGAUACAUUAUAAAUUACAAAACUCUUUAAGUGUAGUUGAAACUAAAACUUUAUUAUCAGCUAUGAAGGUUAUUUGUGAAAAUCACUUAAAUGAAUUUGAUACAGAAUUGAUCGAUAAAAUUGUUCAAUUUGCUAAAAAUGAAAUGAUCAAGUCUUCGGAUUCCCAGUUUCCAGCUUCUGAUAUCCUUAUUACUUUAGACAGAGAAAAAUCUGAGCAGAUAAUAGAAAAUCUUAUGGACUGUUUACAAGAUGGAAUACCUCCUCAUUGUUCAAUAAUUUAUUCUCUUGGACAUCUUGCUUCAAAUAAUCCUCUAAAAUUUAUUAAUUUUGUUGAAAAAUUUUUAUCCAUUAUUUGCUCAAUUAUUAAUCUUAUCAAAUCAGAUGCUCAUCGCAAAAUUUAUUCUACAGCCAUUGGACAAGUUUGUGCUUCUGUAAUUGAAUGUGAAUCUACAGAUUUCGAUAAAGUUAGACAGAAAUAUUCUGCCCAAGUAGAAAAUAUUUUCAAAGUUAUAAAUCAUUUAUGGUUAAUUUCAAGAGAUGUAAAAGUUUAUGAAUGUGUUCUGGAAUCAUUGAGUUCUAUAAUAAUGUUGCUGAGUAAAGAAAUGAUUAAUAAUAAUGUUAUACAAAUUCUUACAAGUAUUAUGAAUUUAUAUAAAAAAUGUUCAGCUGUUGGUUUAUCCCGAUAUUGGAUUACUCAAUAUUUAGCCAGUUUCUUAUCAGUAGCAUCAGAAAAUUUAUUAGAUCCAGUUGUUGAUAAUUUAUUCUUAAUAUUAAAUGAAAUGGUUGUUGUAAUACCAGAUUAUGAUUAUCCAAUGUCAAUGAAAAAUCAUUCUGAAGUUCUAAGAUGUUAUACUUAUUUAGGUCAACAUUAUGGUGGUAAAAUUAUUGAAAUAAUAAUGAGAGAUUUACAAUCUAAUACGGAUCAAGCAAAAAUGGGUGCUCUAUUAAUUGCAUCCCAUUUAUUAAAUGCUUCCAACCAAAGUAUAAAAUCAAAAUCUUCUGAAAUCAUUCCAAUUUUAUAUGAAAUGUUAAAAUCUAAUAGCACAUUUCAAAUGAAAAAUUUACUCGUUAAAAUAUUUAUCUGUUUUGCAUAUCAAGGGCAUUUGUCUGAAAAGGAUGAUUUUUUCAUUGAAUUUUUAAUUAGAAACAUAUGUAAUUAUAGUUCUUCAAACAACAAAUAUUCUCAAGAAACUGAAGGGCAACAAAUAAAACAGACAUGUGAAGAUGCAUUAUACAUUUUAUGUACAUCAGUUGAUCUUGUUCAAAUACUAUGUUGGAAUAAACUUUUAACUUGUUUUUUAAGCCCAGAAUAUGAUUGUGCUGUAUCUUCAAUCACUAAAUCUUUAGCACAUAUGGCAACUAAACCACAUUUAAGAGCAAUAAGAUUUGCUAGAGAAAAUGAUGUAAUUGUACUACGAUGUCUUCAUCUAUUGUGUCAACCAUUCAAAGAAAACAGGGGCAAUAACAUAAUACAUUUUUUAAUGAAUUAUGGAUUUUAUGAUUUAUCUGAUGGCGAUAAAGAAUUUUGGAUAAAACAUGCUGACAUAAUAUUACAUUUUCUUGAUACUACUACUGAAAAUAAUGAUAAAGAAUGGGAAAUAAUAUCAUUAAGUACACUUAGUAUAAUUUUAGAAGAAGAAAAAAUUGAUAAACAUUGGUGUCUCCAAUUGACAGAAAAAAUUUUAGAAGAUUUAUUAAAAAUGUGUGAAAACACUAAAAUGCUAUCAUCAUAUGAGUUUUUUAUUAUUAAAAUCAUUUCUAAAGUGUCUGCAUAUUAUGAUAGUAGAGAAUUAACUCUAACAAAAAAAUUAUUAAAUCUAAUAUUCCAUUCGCUUUCAAAAAUGGCAUUUGAAAAUACAUUUGAACUUUCAGAUGCCAUUGGUAUUAUAAGUAGAGUACAUACUGAAAUUGUAGUAAAGCAUUUAUUAGAUUUCAUGGGAAUUGAAUUAAACAAACAACCAAAUAAGUUUUUGGUUCUUAUUAGAGAUAAAGGAAAUGAAUUAAAUCGUGACAAAAUUCGUUUGUCUAUUGCCACAAUAAUACCUAAUAUAAUAGUUAAUGGUGAACUUCAAAGUGUCAUCAGUACAAUGUAUGAUAUUGCUAUAUUAAUCACUCAACAAAUAGGUUUAUCAAAGAAUUUAGAAACAAAAAAAUCAUUAGUUCAAUGCCUUGGAUAUUUUACUGAAAUUAUGGGUAAAGUGGAAAAUAGUGAUACAAUACCAAAUUUAAAUAUUAUACGUGAUAUUGUUAUAAAAAUAUUGGUUGAACAAAUUUCAAACUUCAGUACAUUAGUUGAUUAUAUUUAUUAUGAAGUACUAUGCUCUUUUAUAAAACCUGUCGCAGAUAUUGAACCAAUUGAUUUAGGCACAAGAUCAUUGAUUUUAACAAACUGUGUUACAAAAAUAUUUCAGUUAUCAUCUUUGGAAAUAGAUACUAGAGAUGAAAAACAAAUUUUAUUGACCUUAAAUCAUUUAUGUAAUGUCAUUGAUAAAUUAAUCAUAAUCAGAAGUGGUUCAUAUGAAGUUAUAGAUGAACUUGUUAAAUAUUUAGAUCCUUAUAUCAUUUCAAAAAAUAUUUAUCAAAGAUUUAUUGCUAGUCAAAUACUUCAAAACAUUUUAAAUUGCUAUUACAAUCAUAGUAAUUAUCAAAUGACAAAGCUGCCUCAAUGUUUGAAUUCACCGGCUCCUUUAUUCGCUCAAUUAUGUAUAAGGUUGGGUGAUCCAGAUGAAAAAAUAAGAAUAAAUAUUUCAAAAUGUUUAGAAGUUUCGUUAAAAAUUACAGCUGUCUACAAAGGCACUUUUACUGAAAUAUAUAUUAAAGACUCUAAAUUCAUUGAUAAAAUUAUGAGUGAAAACAAUCCCAAUUCAUAUGAUAUGCUAUUUGAGACCAUUAAAAAAAUAUUGAAUCCAGCAGACUUAUCAUUAUUUGCGAAGUGUUUGAUUGAUGGUUUAAGUGAUUAUGAAGAAGAAUGUCAGUUAAAGACAAGCGAGAUACUAAUUAUAUUAUUUCCAUUAAUUGCACAACUUAUACCUCAAAAAUCGUUUAAUGAAAUCUUGGAAUAUUUAUUUAAAAAAAUUGACAAUGACAAUGAAACUAUCAAGUCAUGUAAUAUUCAAGCACUGAAUACUUUUGGUAAAUACAACAAAUCAGAAUUUUUGGAAUUGCUUAUCAACCAAAGCCUUCCGUAUAAUACGACUGUGUGUACCAUUUGGCAAAACUUAGGAAAACAAGAUAUAAAUACUCAAAUUAUUGAUACACUCUUAGAGUUUGUGACAUUAACGCCAUUAUACGAUAACUCUUCAAAAAAGUUUCUUAAUAAACCAAUUGCUUCUCUCAUUCCAGUUGCAGCUCUCAGUGGUUUAAACGAAAUUUUAAAACAGUAUCCAUACGAUUGUGCUAUACAAUCAUUUCCCGAUUUAUUUAACAUUACAUUUCUCACACUUGCUGCUUUGAUAAAUGUGGGAUCUCCAAUAAGAGGAUCAAACAAAAAUGUAUUUACUUCAUACAAAGAAGUUUAUGAUAUAAACCCUGCAAAAAUUGCUCAUGAAACACUGUAUAACUUAUUGAAAUCAAUCAGUUUAAACGAAUGUUCUGAAAAUGUAAUGAAUGCCAUAACUUGUUUAGAAACAACUGUUGAUACAAUAAUGCAUAAAUUAGCGCCAUGCAUUAUCAAAGGCUUGGUUGAAAGUCAUCCAAAAUUGAUCUCAAAAAUAAUUAACAAUUUUGAUAAAAACGUAAGCAGUACUCUUGAAUGUCAAAGAAUUGCUAUUGUAGUGCUAUGUUUAUGUUGUGCAGAAGCCAUGUCAAGUGAUACAAAACACACUAAUAGUCUCAUUAAUGUCUUCUUAAAAUGUUUAAGUGAUACGUCCUAUGUUGUACGUAAAUAUUGUUUAAAAGGUCUAACUGUUAUAUGUCAGCACCAUCAACUUAAGUCAGAUGAACAAUGUCAGUUUAUUUUGGAUGCAUUAAUGCAAGGUAUAGAUGAAUAUCAAACACAACAAACUGAUGUAACAUUAGAAGCUCUACGAGGUCUCAUUUCAUUAAUUUCACAUUUAUCAUUAGAACAAUUUGAAAAACACUAUGCUGCUUUAACAUUUAGAGUAAAACAGUUUUUUGAAAAUGAGAACAAUGAAAUGAGAUGUACAUCUAUAAGACUUUAUGGAGAACUAUGUUCAAAUACACACAGUUUUAAGAUAGAUGUUGACAUGUCUCUCCUACAUAAUAAUAUUGUGACACUCCUCAUGCAUCUUUGUGAAAACGACAAAAAUAUAGUAGAAGCUUGUAAGUUUGCCUUGAAAAAAGUAAGUGAUGUAUUACAAUCCGAAAAAAUUGAAGUCCUAUCUGAAAAGUAUUUGGUUGAAGAUAAAAAAAUGAAAUAUUCAGAAUUUUUAACUCAUAUGUGUAAUAUUAUUACUUCAGAAUUUGUGUCCCAUGUUUCAACAUACACUAUGAUUGGUUUAUCUUAUACUAAAAGUAUAUUUCCUGAUAUUAGAGCAAGUGCUGCUUUAUUUGUUGGUAUACUUCACAAAUCUAACUUGGAUAAAUCUUCAUUCAACAUAAUUUCAAGUAAAAUGUUGGUACUAACUAAUGAUCCAAAUCCAACUGUUCGUGCUAGUGCUGUAGCUUGUCUUGGAAAAUUAUACUCUUAAAAUUAGCUAUUUAAAUUUUAAACUGAACUACUGUAUUUCAUUGAAAUAUUAAAUUCAUUAACUAUUCAUUUUUUAAAGGGCAAUUUUUUUAAAUUUUCAAAAGUAUUGUUGUGUUGUUUAUGGUAUAUAAUUGAAUUAUUUAAACAUAUUUAAUAAUUUAUUAUAAUUGUUUGAUUUGGUUAUAUUUUUUUACAUGAUAUUAAAUUUUAUUAAAGAAUUGUUACAAAUAUUAUAUAUAUAUAUUUUUUUUGUGCUUCAAUAGUUUAUAUAAAUGAGUUGUGGUUAUAAUAAUAUAAAGUUAAUGUUGUGAAUCAAUAUUUUUGAUUAAAAGUUUUGUUACUUAUUUGUAUAUUAGUACUGAUAUCUAGUAAUAAAAAAAUUGUGAUUAUUACAUUUUUAUACUAUU